AUGAACCCGAAUUACCCCUGGAUGCGGCCACGGCGCCGUGGCCUGUCAUUCCUCUGCGUCAUUGCCAUCGUCUCCUGCCUCGCCAUUCUCGCCAUCUGGUAUGGCAUGAACUCCGAUCGCGAUUACAUUCACCCAAUCCUUACUCAACUUCUCCCCGCGGGCCAUUGCGCCUGUCAAACCUCCACCACAUUCCAAUGCUCCACAUGUGUCUCUUGCUCCGAGUCCUCGACUCUCCAGCUGUCCGCCUCCCCCAGCUGGAAGUUCCAAUACCCGCGCGACGCCCGUAAUGAGGCGCUCGACCAGACGCAAUGCCAGGCCGCCUUCCAGGGUCUAUUUGAAGACAUUGCGCGUGGUGAGCGCUAUUGGCGCGGUCAUGAUGGCGGCCUCGUGACCGAGGAUCUUGACGAUAUUACCAUUGAACCGGGUAUGGUUCGCGCAUUCAUCUCCCAGGGCCACUUACACGUGGUGACCGCGCGUGCCAAGGGAGAGGACCAUCGGCGCAAGAUUCUAGGCGUUUUGAGUUCCAUCCACCGUGCGCUGGCCGCAGACCGAGAUCGAGUGUCGAGACGCGAUAUUGAAUUCGUGUUUUCCGUGGAGGACAAGGUAGAAGAUGUCACAAAUCCCCACCAUCCGGUCUGGGUAUUUGCACGUACUCCAACGGAAGAAGGGGUUUGGCUCAUGCCCGACUUUAGUUUUUGGGCCUGGGACAAUCCUCAAAAUUACAUUGGCCCAUUUGAUCAGGUGGUGGAUCGCAUCAAGCGCGUGGAUUUGCCCUGGGAUGAGAAGAGGCCGCAACUUGUUUGGCGCGGCAAGCCAAGUUUUGCUCCCAAGUUGCGCCGCGCAUUGAUUGAGGCUGCGCGCGAUAAACCCUGGGGUGAUGUCAAGCAGGUUGAUUGGGAUACCGGCUCGAAUAUCCUCCGCAUGGAAGACCACUGCCAGUACAUGUUUAUUGCCCACGUUGAAGGCCGGUCCUACUCCGCAUCUCUUAAAUACCGCCAAGCAUGCAAAUCCGUCAUUGUCGCCCAUAAACUCCAGUACAUCCAACAUCACCACUACCUCCUCGUCGCCAGUGGACCAAACCAAAACUACGUCGAAGUCGACCGCGACUUCAGCGAUCUCGCCAAGAAGAUCGAGCCGCUAGUCAUAGAUACGGAUGCCGCGCACCGUAUUGCCACCAACAGCGUCAAAACUUUCCGUGAGCGAUACCUGACCGCAGCCGCAGAGGCGUGCUAUUGGCGCGCCCUGUUCGACGGCUACGGCAGUGUCUGGAACAGCACCGUGAACCCCUGGUCCGACCGCACGGGGAAAGAACGCGGUCUCCGUUACGAGUCAUUCAUCUUACUAGAGAGCCCGAAAAUGUUCGAGUUCACUGCGGACGCAGCCAUGUCCGGAUACGCCUGA